AUGAUCUUUCUCGCCACUUGGUCGAUUGUCGGAAACUGUUUGCCAAUCGCGGCAAUAAUCAAGCAUGAGAAGCUGCACAAACCGGUCUACUUACUGAUGGCCAACGUGGCAGCAAGCGAUAUCUGUACUGGUGUAAGCUUGCUGAUUAUGGCAUCCACGGUUUACUACCAUAACGGGGCCAAGCUCAGCUUCGCACUGUCCCGUUUUGUCUUCACUGCGGUCCUCUUAUCUGGAGUGUCAUCUGCCUUCGGUCUGCUAUCUUUAACCACUGAGCGCUACUGGUUUAUAGUUCACGGGAUGACAUACGUUAAAAAUGUUACCAACGAUAAAUGCAAAGUAAUGAUCAUCGUAGUUUGGGUGUUGAGUGUUAUCUUGGCGAUGCUGCCUAACUUUGGUUGGAACUGCACUGUACAGUGUGUGACUGUAGACAACGCUAGGUAUACCCACGUUUAUUUGGGGCUUGUUCUGGUGUUUGUGUUUAUCCCGAUGGCUGCAAUAGUGUGCCUCAAUACGGGCAUUUUUUGGUGCCUGUGGAAACAAGUAAGCGCCAUCAGGCGACAGGAGGCCGCAGUGCAUGCCCAACAUAGCACCAGUAGAAAAUCCUCCAUUACAAUUCUCAUCAUUACAAUACUGUUUCUAAUGGGGUGGCUGCCAUUUUGCAUCAGAAUGGUUGAAGUCGUAUCCUGCAAGCAAAACUGUAACGAGACCGACCCGCCAAUGCUGGGAUUUGUCGUGUUAAACUCUGCUUUAAAUCCGAUAAUCUACGGCUUCCGAUUGAAAGAAAUUCGCGGCGGCGUCAAGCCUCUCAGCAGCGUCGACACGAACUCUGCUUCUUUCAAGUUCUGUGUCCUGUAG